AUGUCUGGAUCAUCCGACGACGCGAUCAUUGAAUCCUCAGAAGGCGUUCGCCACGGUGAACCGACAACUCCUCUGCUACGCCUCGCCAGUUUUCAAAGACAUGUACGAAAUAGCACCCUCAUUCAGCUCAGUCAAGCAGGCCGUCAAGCUGUCAGAGAGCGGCCGUUCUCCGCAUGCUCUUGGCCUACCUGGAUCCAAAGAUGUCUUCACCUCCAACACUCCAUAGGAACACUCUGGGAGUGCAUUGAAGCGUCGAAAAAGUACCAUAUCACCGCACUCAUCUCCCGCUUUCGCGCUAUCCUCACUUCGCCGACCAUUCUGCACGGCGACCGGCCUAUCAACCUAAUCAUCCUUAAUCCACUCCCGGUCGCUGUACUGGCGCACGCAUUUGAGUUUACUGAAGAGCUCCGCAUGACACUGCGCGAGCUAGCCCGGUGUCAUAUAAACGUUCUGAUGCGAAACAAGCAAGGAUGCACGCUUCCUAGCGUGUUAUUCCAGUACAUUCUCCAACUACGGCGCUCACGAGCCAUAUGGCUCAAGGCAAAGGCAAAGUCACUCCUCUAUCUCCCUGCGGCUACACCUCCCCAGGGCAAAUUGUUGGCCUUGAGGAGUGGAAGCAAUUGCCCGUACUGCAUAAGGUUCCGAGCGGAACAUCUUCACGAGGCGUGCAUCAAGAUUGACGAUCAACCUUCGUGGGAUACAUUUCGAGCGGAGAUGAUCCAGCGCAUCGUCAAGUGCACGUGUGAUGCACCGACGAUUCCGUGGGAGGGAACUAAUCGCACUGUUCGACUGUGGGAGACAAGCACUGGUCUACCGUUGGGAGAGCCAUUUAGAGGCCACGAAUCCGAGGUUACAGCCGUAAUAUUCUCGCCCGAUGGUUCGCGGAUCGUCUCCAGCUCGGAGGACACCACGGUUAGAUUAUGGGAUGCGCACAAUGGGAACUCGUUUGGAGACCCACUCCGAGGGCACACAGAAUCAGUCAAUACACUCGCAUUCUCGCCAGAUGGGGUGAAAUCGCCUCGCCCAGGAGAUACCACAAUAGUACUAUGGAAUGCAGUCACUGGUGAGCCGUUCGGGACACCGCCCGAGGCCAUGAAUCUGAAGUUUGCGCCCCGCAUUCGUGGCAAAUGGCUCAAGGAUCAUCUCUGUCACUCAGCAGAGCCCUAUCGAGUUCGCGAGGCCUUCCAGGGCACCAUCGCGCUCUCGUCGGACGGCUUGCGCAUGGCCUGUGGCUCGGAUGAAGUGAUUCGGCUGUGGGAUAUAGACCAUGAUAAACCACUGGGAGUUUCACUUCAAGGUCAUCACCACGUGGUUCUUGCCAUCACAUUCUCUCCGGACAGCAAACGAAUUGCCUCUGGCUCGAUGGACCACACAGUCCGAAUAUGGGAUGGUGACACUGGUAGCCCAUUUGGACACUCACUCCGGGGUCAUAAGGCUUGGGUCGGGUGCGUUGCAUUUUCACCGGAUGGUUCACAAAUCGCCUCCGGAUCGGAAGAUAACACAAUUCGGAUUUGGGAAGUAAAGAACGACUCAAGUACGGAUGAAGAGACGCCUCAUUCAUAUCUCAGGGUGAAAUCACCGAUCACACCCCUCAAAAACCUCGUUCCUGGAUUUGAGGAAUGCUCGCUGCUGCACGAUGGCUGGGUGCAAUCUUCCGGAAGGUAUCUCUUCUGGGUACCAUCCAAUAAUCGUCAUGGACUACAAUAUUCACAUCGGUUGACUAUACCAACAGCAAGUCCGCUGCGGGCGACAAAAAUUAAUUUUGCCCGGUUUGAAUGUGGUUCCUCUUGGAUGAACGUGCGGAAAGUUACCAAUUAG